AUGCUCCACCAGUUCGUGUUUCUUGGAGUCGUCGCUCUCUUAUUCCGACUGGAAUACCUGCUUGCUCGCUCUGUCUGCCGAAAGACAAUGCCCUGCUGGGGCGAAAACAAAAUACGACUAUUCUCUGUAAGAGUCGUAUCUCUCACUCAUGCUUUCUUCUCCUCCAUCGCCGUUCUCACCUCUCUCACUGAUCCACGAUUCAUCAAGAGCCCGUACGAUUUCUUCAAAGAAGAAACACAGUUCGUUUUUAUCUUCUCCAUGGGAUACUUUCUCUAUGAUUUGUGCGAUAUGGGAAUACAUGGAGAACUCCCAAACUCCAAAGAGUACAUCCUCCACCACUCGCUGGCCCUCAUUGCAUUCUCAUCGAUAAUCGUCUCUGAGAAAUUUUUCGGAGUUGCGGUGAUCGGCCUUCUUGUGGAAGUUCAGACGGUGUUUCUUCAUUCUCGAACAAUUGUUCGGCUCCUGAUAAAAGGACCAGAGGAAUCAGUAAUGUCGGAGUUUUUCAUUCAGAUGAACAUGAUCUGCCUUUUCUUCUUCAGACACGCACCCACCUUGUGGCUACUGUACUUCUUGAUGAUAGUGGAUGAAAAAUGUGGAGUAGCUGUCAAGUUGAUUGUUUCUGCUUCACUUCUGUUUUUAGAGGCUCAUAACCUCCACCUGACCCAAUUGAUUGCUAAAUCAGAUGGGUUCUUCGGAUUUGAGAGGCAGAAGUUGGAUGAAGACACUGUGGAUCCGCUGGGGUCUGUGAGAACAAGUGAAUGUGAGAAGAUCAAGAAAGCCGGUGGAUUCACAAGAAAAAUGAGGAAAGUUGAAUGA